GCACGGCAAAAGUUUCCGGAUUUCCGCUACCCAAAUCUUUUCUCUCUUUCUUUUACCAGGGCAUCAGUUAAACUGAAAGAAAAGAAGAAAGUAGAGAAGCACAGUGUGCCAAAAUUCAUAAAGCCUGAGUUGUCUUUCUGCGCAGUCAAGCCCGAACUGUAUGCCCACGCUUGGCCUUCACUACAACCCAAAUUGCAGAAUUCAACAUCUCUCUCUCUCUCAACGUUAUAUGAGCAAGGAGAAGGCAGUUUGGUGACAGACCAUGCUGUAAUUUGUAGAACGGAUCUAAGAGCAGUACUAGUACAGAAGGGGAUGGGUUUCGCUACAGUUGUUGAUCUGAAACCCAGCAUCUCCGUCAAGCGCCACUUCCGAGCCGCCGCCGCCACCGCGACCACUCUUUCUACUGCUUCAGCUCCACCGAAGCACACCAAUGAAUGGCCACUGUCGGACGUUUCCAGCGAUCUUACAGUUGAAGUUCAAGCAGCAAAAUAUUGCCUCCACAAGUUUCCUUUAGUGUCUCGAAGCGGAAAGAUUAGAAGAAUGCUCGCUGAAGUAAAGGAUUUGCGAUUACCAAGGAUAAGCCUUGAUGCAUUUCCAGGCGGAGCAGAAGCUUUUGAGCUAGCAGCAAAGUUCUGUUAUGGCAUAAAUAUUGAGAUUACAUUAAAUAAUGUGGCCACUUUGAGAUGUGCUGCUCAUUAUCUAGAAAUGACAGAGGACUUCGUAGAGAAGAACUUGGAAUAUCGGACGGAGAAUUAUCUGAAGGAAGUUGUUCUCCCGAGCAUUUCAAAUUCUAUCACCGUCCUUCAUCAUUGCGAAAGUCUGCUGCCGCUUGCAGAGGACAUUAAAAUUGUCAACAGAAUCAUCAAUGGGAUUGCAUCAAAUGCCUGCAAAGAGCAGCUGACUUCUGGGUUAUCAAGACUUGAACAAAGUUUUCCUACAAAAACUACCAUUUAUGAAAUUGAUGCUUCACCAGAUUCGUGGGUCGGUGAUCUCACAAAACUGAGUGUUCAACUAUUCAAGAGGGUUUUAUCAACACUCAAGUCCAAGGGUCUGAAACAGGAUUUUAUCAGUAAAAUUUUAAUUAACUACUCCCAGAACACUCUGCAAGGAGGAGCCUUGGAUACAGAGCUCCAAAAUAAACAGAGGCAUGUAAUUGAAACCAUAGUGGAGCUUCUACCAGCACAGUCGACAAAGAGCCCUGUGCCGAUAGCAUUUCUUUCUGGCUUGCUUAAAGCAGCAACAACAGCGUUUGUGUCAACAUCUUGCAGGUCCGACUUGGAGAGAAGAAUAGGCUUGCAGUUAGACCAAGCAAUUCUGGAAGACAUACUGCUCCCUGUGAGCCCCUCUAACAGCAAUUCCGCAUUGUUGGACACAGACUCCGUUCAGAGAAUUGUCUCCACUUUUAUCAACCGAAAUGGUGAUGAUGAUGAUGACGACGAUAAUGAGGACCUCCUGCAAGCGGAGCUAGGCGUCGGUUAUGAGUUUGAGAACCCAAGAUCCCCUAAGCAGAGCCUGAUAUAUAAGGUGUCCAAGCUCUUGGAUAGUUAUCUUGCUGAAAUUGCAACAGAUUCCAAUUUGACUCCCGCCAAGUUUAUUGCCAUAGCUGAGCUACUUCCAGACCAUGCAAGAAUUGUGAGCGAUGGACUUUAUAGAGCCAUUGAUAUCUUUCUGAAGGUUCAUCCUAACGUCAAGGAAUCAGAGCGUUACAGACUCUGUAAGGCCGUCGACUGCCAAAAGCUAUCUCAAGAUGCCUGCACCCACGCUGCCCAGAACGAGAGACUGCCCGUACAAAUGACUGUCCAAGUUCUCUACUUCGAGCAGACCCGCCUCCGCAACGCCAUGAACGGCGAAUUCCAACAUUACCAACAUCACCACCACCAUCCCUUCUUCGGCUCCGAGUCCCAGCAAAACCCCCACAAACUGAACAGUGGGGCGGGCAGCGGCGCAAUAUCACCGAGAGACAAUUACGCCUCAGUGAGGAGAGAGAACAGAGAGUUGAAGAUGGAGAUCGCGAGAAUGAGGAUGAGGCUUACAGAGUUGGAGAAGGACCACGUUUCGAUCAAGCAAGAACUCAUCAAAUCGAACCCUGCCAACAAGAUGAUCAACUCUUUUGUGAAGAAACUGAGCGGAUUUAAUGGUCUGUUUCGAGCAAGGGACAGCAGGUCCGCCAGCUCUAGGAAAGCGCAUGUGGACGUCAGGUUUCUGUUUCAGAAGCGUAGGCGUCAUUCUGUUUCUUGACAAAUUGGGUAGUAGUGAAUCUGUAACAAAGCUUGCGUGUGUAAUAGGAGUCCUCAAUGGUUUUGAUCUCCUUUUGCAAGUCUCUUGGAACUCACGGUGAUUGGUGGUGCAAACAUGGCUGUGCCGAUCGUGGUCAUGAGUUCAAGUUAGAAAAUCUUGAUAAGCGAAAAAAUCACGUUGUAUUUCGAGAAAACUGGUUUCUCUUUACGGGGAAAUAUCG